AUGGACGAGCCAUUGACAUCUCUCCUCUCCACUGCGUCCGACGCUGACGCCACCGAAUUCUUGUCCCUACCAUUGGAAGUUCGACAAAUGGUCUACACCCAUCUCUUCCACGGCUCUCGUCUCAUCAUUGAUGAUCCUCGUCGUCGAUCAGCUAGUUACGACGAGCGUCAGCGUAAGAGACAGGAUGGAUCUCACAAAUUCAAGAAGCCCGCAGGCGGAGCCUCGCUACCAUCCAUUCUUGUCGCUUGCAAGUCGAUUCGAGCAGAAGCCAUCCUUGUGUUCGCCGACUCUCUUACACCCUAUUUCUAUAAUCACCGAGCCAUGAACGAGGACGUGAAGCGUCAUCUGACACCCUACCUCGCGUGUGCGCAAGAGGCUUUCAUCGACGACAGAGACGUUGAAGGUCUCGGCCUUCAACUAAUGACCAUUAUGCCCAGGCUGAGAAAGGUCAUCAUCAACAGCCCUGUCUGGAAGGAAACUUCGAUGGAUCUGGUAUGGGCGCUCCAGAUGUGGCUGCCGCAUGCGGAAGUAUAUGAGAGUCGCGGUUUGCGCCAGGAACGCUGGGCAUGGCAUGAAGAACGCCUCUGCGCGAAGUUGCACCGUCAGUAUGCCAGAACCAGGGCUUGGCGAUGGCUUCAGCAACUUGCGGACCAGCAAAAGCGCGAAACCGGAGUCAGAGAUCUUCCAUUCCAGAUAUUGGUGAAUCCAGAAGGUUACGCAAUUAGUUGCCAAGCGCAUGGCAUCAGCAACCUCACUGUGAGUGUUCGUUGCCCCUGA